CCAAGCGGCCCCAGAGGGGUGUCAGGCUCGUUUAUCCCUAGUGGUCUCUGGCUCCAGCGCCAUGUACCCCGCCAGCCCUCCGGCAGGCCCGAUGCUGCACCCGGUCCCUCCUCGUGCUCGUCUUGCUGAGCCCCGGCGCCUUGCUGAGCAGCCGCGACCGCCAACGCCUGGCCCGGGUUCCACCGCACGCCCACCACCCCCGGCGCCCGGGCCGCGGCCCCGCGUGGCCGUGAAGAUGACUUUCCGCAAGGCCUACUCCAUCAAAGACAAGCUGCAGGCAAUCGAGCGCGUCAAGGGCGGUGAGCGGCAGGCCAGCGUGUGCCGAGACUUCGGCGUGCCAGGCGGCACGCUGCGCGGAUGGCUCAAGGACGAGCCCAAACUGCGCUGGUUUCUGGACCAGCUUGGUGGAGAAGUAGGCACGCAGCGCAAGAAGAUGCGUCUGGCCAACGAGGAGGAGAUCGAUCGAGCCGUCUACUCGUGGUUCCUCACCCUGCGCCAGCACGGCGUGCCGCUCUCCGGACCGGUCAUCCAAGCGCAGGCUGAGGCCUUUGCUCGCCAGAUCUACGGCCCCGAGUGUACCUUCAAGGCUAGCCACGGCUGGUUCUGGCGCUGGCAGAAGCGCCACGGCAUCUCUAGCCAACGCAUCUAUGGUGAGGCCGAGACCCCAGUCGCAGGCCCCACGCCUGUCAAAGAGGAGCCGGCGCAGCCACCGAGCGCAGAUCUCCUGUCCGAGGGUGAGCCGGCUGCUUUACCCCACUCCGAAGGCGGCUAUGGGGACGAGCAGAUCUACAACGCUAAUGUUACUGGUCUCUAUUGGAGGUUACUUCCGGAGCAGGCCGCAACUCCAGGCUCUGGGGACUCCAGCGGGCCUGGUGGGUGCAGCCGGCGCUGGCACAGCGACCGAGUGACCGUACUCCUGGCCGCCAACCUGACGGGCAGCCACAAGCUGAAGCCACUAGUCAUCGGGCAGCUACCUGACCCACCGAGCCUGCGACACCACAACCAGGACAAGUUCCCCGCUUCCUACCGAUACAGUCCGGAUGCCUGGCUCAGUCGUCCUCUUCUUCAAGGCUGGUUUUUUGAGGAAUUCGUCCCUGGCGUCAAGCGUUACCUGCGCCGAAGCUGCCUGCAACAGAAAGCUGUGCUGCUGGUGGCUCAUCCACCCUGUCCAAGCUGGUCCACUAGGAUGCCUGCUCUGGAGGAAAGCGAGGAGACUCCCAGGCAGUGCCAGCCUGAGCUCCUUGGGUCCCCAGAGGAGCUGCAGACACCCGAUGGUGCAGUUCGAGUGCUCUUCUUGACCAAGGGCAACAGCCGAGCACACAUCCCUGCACCCUUGGAGCAUGGUGUAGUGGCAGCCUUCAAACACUUGUACAAACGGGAGCUGCUGAGACUUGCUGUGUCUUGUGCCAGUGGCUCCCCUCUGGACUUCAUGAGAAGCUUCAUGCUCAAGGACAUGCUAUACCUGGCUGGCCUCUCUUGGGACCUGGUCCAGGCAGGCAGUAUAGAGCGCUGCUGGCUGCUGGGUCUGCGGGCAGCCUUUGAGCCUGGGCAGCAACCAACCCACCCUGUAGAGGAGGCUGCAGAACACAGCAGGGUGCUCAGUGACCUCACCCAUCUGGCAGCUCUGGCUUACAAGCGCCUAGCACCCGAAGAGGUGGCCGAGUGGCUGCAUCUGGAUGAUGACGGUCUCCCCGAGGGCUGCAGAGAGGAGGUGGCCCCCGCAGCUCCUCCAUCCCCAGCUAGCUUGCUUUCUAGCAUCGGGGCUGGAGAGGAGGAGGAAGAAGAAGAAGCCACUGAGCAAGGAGCAAUGUUGGUACCCACUGCUGGGGAAGCUGUUUGGGGACUAGAAACAGCUCUGAGGUGGCUGGAGAGUCAGGAUCCUAGAGAGGUGGGGCCACUGAGGCUAGUGCAGCUACGGUCCCUCAUCACCAUGGCACGGAGGCUUGGGGGCAUUGGCCCCUCAGUGGCAGCUUCUGAGGAUGGUGUGUGACUACCUUGGCCCAGGGGCCUUUUUCCUGUUACACUGGGAGAGAGGGGACAUACACAGUUGCCAUCUUC